ACGCUCAACUACCUGCUAACCUUCUAUCCUAAUUUGCGUCCUCCAUAACCUCGGCAAGCUGGAACUGUGCCAUGUCGUGUCCAAUCACUUCUCCCUAAUUAUUUUUUCGGCCUGCCUCUACCUUGAAGCCAUCCAUAGCUAACCUCUCACACCUCCACACUGGAUCAUCCAUACAUCUCCUUUGCACAUGCCUAAACCAUCUUAGUCUCACUUCACACAUCUUAUCCUCUUCUGUGGCGCUCCUACCUUGUACUGCAUAUAUUCUUUUCUAAAUCUAACGGACAGAGUUCGGUAAAAUAUUUGCAGAGACUAAAAGUAUUAACUUUUGAUAAACUUAAAGGACAAAGACUGUUAAGUUCAUACUUAAGGAACUACUUUGAACCCAUCCUCAACAUAAGGGACCAUUUUUGUCAUUUUUCAAGUCAAUAGAACAUAAAACCUCUUUCCUUGUUUGCUGUUCAUCAGGGCACAAAUCAUCACCAUUAUAAUCACUCUCUCCACACCAUUUUCCAAAGACUUAGAAUCCAAAAUGGUCAACCCCUCAAUCUAAAAAUAACUGCUCAAAGCAGAAGGAUAUUUCAUUCCUUCCAACAUCUCUAUAUCUUUUAGUCUUGGGUCUUGUUGACAGUAUGAUGGCUCCAAAGAAGGGUAGAAAGCAUUCUUGUCAAACUUUACCACCCGAUUUACUUAGCAACCUUCCUAAGAAUGCCCUUGAUGGUAUUCUCGUGCGGUUGCCUUUACGAGAGGCUGUACGGACAAGCAUAUUAUCAAAGAAGUGGAGAUAUACCUGGUGUAAGCUUCCAGAGUUGACCCUUGAUGAAACACUCUGGGAGACGCCUGCUGAUGCUGGUAGUUUGAGAUGGGGAAGGGAUUUAACAUUUGUUACAAGUAACUUUACAAAGAUCAUGUACCACAUUUUGACCCUUCAUGCAGGACCAAUUACAAAGUUUACCCUCUCCAUUAGUAUGUUGGUAAGCUGUCCUAAUGUUGACAACUUGAUAUAUUUCCUCUCUAGGGAUGACAUUAAGGAUCUUGUUCUUAGACUCCCGGAGCCAGAAGAUAACCUGUACAAAUUACCUUCAUCAUUUUUCACAUGUUUGCAAUUGAGGCAUCUGACUCUCCAACAUUGUUUAAUACUCCCUCCACCAACAUUCAGAGGAUUUGAUAAAUUAAUUAGCAUGGAAUUAUCUGGCGUUAAAAUUUCUUCAAAAUAUCUUGAAAGUUUAAUCUCUAACUGUCCCCUGCUCGAGCAGUUGGUACUGGAAAUCAAUCACGUUAUGAAGGUCAUUGAAAUUAAUGCACCCAUGCUGAGAUCCUUUGACUUCACAGGCAGUGUAAGGUUUCUCUGCUUAAAGAAUAUUCCUCUUCUGGAAAAAUUUUCACUUGCAGAUUCGGAAUAUGUAGACCGGAAAGAAAGCCAUGAUAUUGUCAAGUUUUUUCGAUCUCUUUCCACUAUCGAGCAUCUCCACUUGGAAUACAUGUGGUUUUCUGCAUGUCUAGGUUUAGACAUACCAGCAAGGCUUCCCUUCAAUCUUAACCGUGUCAAACAUUUUUCCCUGCGUUUUUCUCUGAUAUGCUUGGAUGAGGUUUUAUGUACUCUUUGCCUGAUUAGAAGCUUCCCGUAUUUACAAUAUCUGAAAAUUGAGAUUGUUGGCAAUCACGAUGAAGAUAUUCCUGCUCUAGAAUGUCUUGAAGUGGAACAUUUCUCAGAUGUAACAUUCAAUCACCUCAGGGAAGUUAGGCUAAUAAUGGGUACAGGCUCAAAGCCGGAGAUGCAGCUUAUCAAGCUUUUGUUAGCUAAGUCUCCAUUGCUGGUGAGAAUGCUAAUCGAGGCUGGGAUGUUUGAAGAAUUUGUACCAGCCAGAAUACAAGAGUCCGCUGCAGUCCAAAUGCUAGUUAAGGUAGCCAAAUUUCAGCGUGCAUCACCUACAGCUGAAGUUGACCUCCGUCUAUUCUAGAAUAGUGUAACGUAACAAUCAAACCAUGUUCUUGGCCAAAAUGUUUUGGAAGUUGAACUAGAAUGUUUCUGUAAUAACUUUGUCAUUUACACUGCUUGACUAUUGAUACUCUUGUUUGUUUCAAACAUCAAUGGUAUAGGAAGCCUUUCUCAAAGUA